GUGUUGAUGUGGUGCGAAGCGCUUCCUAAUGCGCACAUAGCGGAGAGGAGGAGAGGACAAGGAGCGCAGAAGUACCUCAGUGUCAGCGCCGUUCAGUGUGUACAGCCGCGGGGGCAGGUUAGCUUUACUCCACGCCUUCAGACGUUUUCCCAACCUCUGGCACCUCCGUCCCGCUCGCGCUCAGCUCCGCAGGCUCCGCAGGCUCCGCGCUCCCUCAGGCUGGUUCAGCUCGACUCCGAGACCCGUCACCGUCAGCAUGGCGCAGCAGCACUUCAGGAGCGGCCCGGCUUUCGGACUUUCCGCCGAAGUGAAGAGUAAGCUGGCCCAGAAGUAUGACCCUCAGAAGGAGGAGGAGCUCAGGCUUUGGAUUCAGGAGGUGACGGGCCGCAAGGUUCCAGACAACUUCAUGGAGGGCCUUAAAGACGGAGUCAUUCUCUGCGAACUCAUCAAUGCUCUCCAGCCCGGAUCCGUGAAAAAAAUCAACAACUCCACUCAGAAUUGGCAUCAGCUGGAAAACAUUGGCAAUUUUGUCCGAGCAAUCCAGGAGUACGGCCUGAAGCCACAUGACAUCUUCGAGGCCAAUGACCUGUUUGAGAAUGUCAACCACACUCAGGUUCAGAGCACUCUGAUUGCGCUGGCUGGGAUGGCUAAAUCCAAAGGCUUCCACUCCAAGUAUGAUGUUGGGGUGAAGUAUGCAGAGAAACAGCAGCGCAGGUUCGCCCCUGAGAAACUGAAGGAGGGACGCAAUGUUAUCGGCCUGCAGAUGGGAACUAAUAAGUUUGCCAGCCAAAAGGGUAUGACAUCAUACGGCACACGACGUCACCUCUAUGACCCCAAAGUUGGCAUGGAGAAUCCCCUGGACCAGUCAACAAUUAGCCUGCAGAUGGGAACCAACAAAGGAGCCAGUCAGUCUGGGAUGGCAGCGCCGGGCACCAAGCGCCAAAUCUUCAAUAAGAAGCUGGACAUGGAGAGCUGUGAUACAUCCAUCAUUUCGCUCCAGAUGGGCACCAACAAGGUGGCGUCUCAGUCCGGCAUGACGGUCUAUGGCCUCCCGCGCCAAGUCUAUGACAGAAAGUACUGCACCUACCCUGAAGACUACAUGGACAACGGCCAGGACAUGCGGGAGAUUGACGGAUACCAGUAUUCUGAUUAAGCCGCGUGGACAGCUACCCCGCACACUGCCUUUAUUAUUUUUUUACGUUCACCCAUUUCAUUUUUAACUUCCACUGUUUUCUUGUAUUUUAAACGUCAACCCGUAACCAGAACUGUUAACAGGUGUCACAGCCAUCAACCAAAGCUGAAAAGUAGGUCUGCUCACUUCUGAGAAAUCUACAAAGAAUUUUGCUGUUUAUUUUUCUGCCACUGGCUAUUCCUGCUUCUCACUCAGAAUAGUAAGUUUUAUUUUUCGAGUGUAGCAGCAUUUUAUCACCUCAUGUGCAUGACAUUCCGUUUACAGCAGAGGAAAGAAAACUGUGCUUCCUACCAGACAUUACAGUGGGGAAAAAAAAUCUAAUUGUAUUUGCUUCUAUAUGAUGCUUUGUAGCUUGGUUUAGUUUAAUUUAAGAGGAAAUUGUAGUAGCCCCAAAAACCACUAAUGCUGCAAAUUAUCACAAAGCUUGGGCUGUGAAGUUUGGUCAAUAGGAAAAGUAAAAAUAGAUAUAUUUUUUAGAAAAAAGUGUCCCACGAAGUUGCUGUGCUACUAACCAACCACAUCAAUAUGACUUCAGAAGCAGUGAACACUCACUAACAUCUAACUAACAACCGCAUCUGCCUUAUUGAUAGACGCCUCAUUGCCUGAGAGGACACUGCAAACGCAUUGUUAGUCCAGUUGGACAUACAAAAUCCAACGUGCCGUUUUGAUUUGGUUAGACUACUCUUUCAUUCCAUAAAGAGCAUCCAAAGACUGCUCUUAAGCACAUAUCAGAUCAUCUAGCCGUGAGGCUUUAAAUCAAGCUGAACUCCAAAGGUGCAGAAUAUGACCAGAAGAAUGUACACUACAGCAGUAUUGCAUGGCUUUUGGAAGUGCAUAAAAUUUCAUAUUCGCAUUCCAGUCACUCUCUUUGCCUCGUUCUUAGUAAUAUGAAACAUGCCUUAACCAUACAAGGUAAGAAAAUUUUAAGUGGAUUAUGUGAGUUUAUUAUCAACGUAUAUGGUAGCUAUAUCCAAGUUAUGGGUUAUAGUUAAAAGAAGUUGCAGAUAUAUUUGAAGGAGUCAAGUCUGUUUAAACUUGUGUAGUCAAAGGUUUCUGAUAUGAUUAGAACUUGUAUAGUAAGAAGCACCUGAGGUAGUUUACAGAGAAUGAGAUUAGAACGAAUUUAAGAGCUCAUUGGAGACGAGCGGUAAUUGUAGAGUAGAAUAAUUCUUGGUGAAGUGGAAGAAGGCAAAUGUAUUGUUCAGGUGCAGAUCAGCAAGGUGUGCAGCUGCUGACUACAGGUGCCUCACUUAUGAAAUCCAAUCCUCACAGCAUCCUCACAUGUUGUUUUCUGGCUCAAAUAGAUCAUCCCAGUCUAAAAAUGCACGAGGCAAAAGAUUGCAAUGAUUAGAUGUUCAAAUAUAACCGCAUGCACUCAGAACAGUGAGAUCAAGGCUAUGAUUAAACACUGUGAGCAAUCCACUUCACAGAGGGAAUCGUUCACCAAAAAAAUAAAAUUUACGGUUUUCACCUCUCCUCAAGUAUAUUUGAUCAGCCGAGACGUUUGGUGUCUGAAAUUUGCUUCUAUGUCACCCAAAAAGACUUUUCAGCAGUGAUGCUCAUAACUAAUCAUUUGAAUUGUUCAAAGUAAAACAAAUCAAUUGCUUUGAUCUGAUUGGAUGGUUCAAACCCAGGUUUCACACAUGAUCUGACAUCACACAGGCUAUAUAUUUGGAAGCAAACAAGUCUGUGUGCGCUGUCGCAUUAGCAUUACCCUUCACUAGAACUAAAGGGUUAAGCCCAAAGCCUGAACACUGUCUGACCUAGUGCAUCAGGCCUGCACCAAACCUUUUUUGGCACAGUGCUUUCCGGUAGAUAGUGCUGUCCUGGCAUCUGUCAAUCCCAGAUUGAUCCAUCAGAAUGCCAAAUAGUUAAAUACACCCAGAAAAUAUGUUUCCACUGUUCCAGAGUCUGAUGACGGUGUGCUGUAUACAGCUCCAGCCAAUGCUUGGCAUUGCACAUAGUGAUGUUAGGCUUGUGUGCAGCUGCUGAGCUGUGGUAUCACACGUGAUUUACCACAAAACACAAAAUGUGAAACCUCGGUAGGAGUGAAAAAGAGCAGGAAUACCAAACCAAUGAAUCUCUCAAGUAGUCAAAAACACUUUCACAAGUGAUAGUGAAAAAAAUGCAAAAAUCUCAUUCAAAGCUUUAAUUUCAUGUUAAUUUCAGUGCUUCAUCAAGUAUUGUUUGCGGAAUUGGCAUGCCUCAGAUCAUUCCGAUUGGAGCAAGCUGAAUCCAGUACGUGAUAAUGUAAGGAUGUGAGAUUGUUUUGAAACUGCUUUCAAAAGAAUUGAAAUUUUCAAGAUUGCACACAGUCCAAACAAGUCUAAAGAAGCAAAUGUUAAUCACCAAACAUGUCUUGGCAUAUUGAUUGUCAGGCAUUCCAAGUUUAGGCUAAAUGAAACUUGAUUUUAACAUUACAGCAAGGAAGGACCUUAUAAGCUACUUUGAUUGCCUCUGCUCCUGCAAUAACAGUGACAUGAUUGAAUUUAAAAUGCCUGAUACACUCAAAGCCAGCAUAGACCACUUUAUCUGUGGUACCACCCUAGAUGUGGGCCCUCUAUGUCCUUCAUUCUACAAGAGCCAGGGCGUAGAUGAGUAUGAACACUAGGGCCCAUUCAGACAAGUGUUUUAAGUGAGUGUUGCAUCACCAAUUAUGAGGUCCGUAGGUCUGUUCUAGAGAGCCAUCUAGUGGCAAAUUUGCAGUCUGACAAGAGAAAACUGUUAUGGUUGUAAUCUGAACCUGUCUGUAAAACUAGAUUUAUGUGAGCUUUAUUACAUACUUCCCUUUCUAUGGCAUAGCUGGCACAGCGACUUACUGAAGACAAUAAAAUAUGACGCCAAAGUACGUGUAUACCAAUGCAUUAUUAAGAGAGAAGGCAUUGCACCUCAUAAAAUGCAGCCACACACUUUUCUGUGUCAAACGUAAGCAAGCAUUUGAACCAUGCAACUAAUAAAAGAGACUUCAUACCAAUGAAGACUGAAUGUUACAUAAAGGGAUCUAAAUGCUGAGCUACUGUUUCUCUUGACUCCAGGCAUCAGCAGGAUAUUAUUUGAUUACUGAUUAUUUAUGUGGCUUACCAUCAAUGGCUGAGCAAGUGAAAGAUCAUUAAACUACACUAUUUUUAAAACAA